GGCGGUGUCGGAUGUCGGGGGUAAGCGCGGUGCGAUGAGAACCCUGGCGAGGAGCACCUGACUGCACAGCGACGAGUUCUCCUCUGGAGACCACUGCGCUGAGGCGAGACGUGUGCGUGGCUGCAAGCGAGCCCCGGUGUCAGCGGCGGCCGGAGCGACGGAGUAGGUGUUUUUUUGGUGGUGCCGGGCCAGAUUCCAGGCGAUAGUUGGCCGGCCGUGACCUGAGGGGUCACCAGCGCCGCCGACAUGGUGGUGUCGGAGAACCAGAUCAGCGACAUCAUGGGGGGCAUGCAGCAGGCCGCCGGCGUGCGGCUCAACAACCACAAACACAAGCUCAGGCACAGGUUUGAUAUAGUGAAGAAACUUGGCCAAGGAACUUACGGGAAGGUGCAGCUGGCUAUAAAUAAGGAGACGGGCCAGGAUGUCGCAAUUAAGACCAUUAAGAAGGCGAAGAUCGAGACUGAGAAAGACCUCAUCCGCAUUCGACGGGAGAUCCAGAUCAUGUCCUCGGUGACGCACCCACACAUUAUCCACAUAUAUGAAGUGUUUGAGAACCGCGACAAGAUGGUGCUGGUGAUGGAGUACGCGGCUGGCGGCGAGCUGUACGACUACCUCAGCGAGAAGAAGGUGCUGGCCGAGGGCGAGGCGCGCCGCAUCUUCCGGCAGGUGGCCAGCGCCUGCUACUACUACUGCCACAAGCACAAGAUUUGCCACCGAGAUCUCAAGCUGGAGAACAUCCUGCUGGAUGAGUACGGCAACGCAAAGAUCGCCGAUUUCGGCCUGAGCAACGUGUUCGACGAGACUCGCCUGCUGUCGACGUACUGCGGCUCGCCGCUGUACGCGUCGCCGGAGAUCGUGCGCGGCACCCCGUACGUCGGGCCGGAGGUCGACUGCUGGUCACUCGGCGUGCUGCUCUACACUCUCGUCUACGGCGCCAUGCCUUUCGACGGCUCCAACUUCAAGAAACUGGUCAAGCAGAUCACGUCCGGUGACUUCUACGAGCCGCAGAAGAAGUCCCCGGCCUCCGAGCUGAUCCACGCGCUGCUGACGCCGGCGCCGGAGAAGCGGGCCAGCAUGAUGGACGUCUGUGGCCACCCGUGGGUCAACCAGGGCGAGGAGGUGCCCUGCCUGGAGGCGGCCGAGGAGCUGGCGCACCAGACACCGGUCCGGCUCGACCUGCUGCUCUCGCUGGCGCCGCAGGGACCCGACAUGGAGCACGUGCUGGUGCCGCCGCCGGAGGAGGGUGCUGUGCCGUCGGCGCCGGAGCCGUCCAAGGCGCAGUUCACGGCCUCCGACUCGCUGUCGCUGGGCAGCGCCAUGGAGGUGCGGGCCGCCUCGAGCCCUGCCGUGCCUCAGGCCCAAGAACCGGCACCAGAGCCGGCCGAGCCCGGCGCCGACAAGGCAGCCAAGCGAGCCCUGGACGAGGCGGAGGAGCAGGCGGCCCCGGGCGGCAAGACAGAGAAGACCAAGAAAAAGGCGGGAGAGAAGGCGGCGAAGAAGAAGAAGAAGCCGGAGGCGGCGGCGGUCGUCGAGCCCUCUGACGUGGUGAUGAGUGACGAUGCGGCGGCGGCUGAAGCAGCGCCUGCGGAGGCGGAGGCCCCGGCUGCGGGCGCUCAGGAGAUCACUCCAGGGGAGGACAAGACCGCGGAGCUCAAGCUCGGGCCCGAGAAACGAUCGCCGUCUCCGGUCGUCACGCCUCCGGAGGCGGAGACGCCUCGUCCAACACCAGCGCCGCCGCCAGAGGGCGGUGAGGAGGUGACGUCGGGGGCCGCUCCGGUUGAGCAGGAGCAGAGCACCGCUGGCGAUCAGUCGGAGGUGCCGACGGACGUUCAGGCGGCUCCGCGACCUCAAGUUCGCCGGGCGUCACCGUCCCCGGCGGCACCGGAGCCGUCGGCCGGCGCCGAAAAGCAGCCCGAGAGAGAGGUGGCCUCUACAAAAGCGCCAUCUGCCUCCGAUAGCCGUCUUUCGCCUUCGCUGAAGGAGGCAGUUGUAGCGCCCUCUUUGUCUACUGGGGAUGCUGCUGGCGUCAAAACUAGUCCUGCGAGAGAGACGAGCAGAGAAGCUGGCAAAUCUGUCCCGACGGCACCCGAAGAAGUAAAACAGGCUUCGUCGGACGGUGUCAGGCAAGACAAGAGUGCUUCGCCGAAAGAGCUCGCGGAACGCAAGCCAAAGAAGACGACGGUCGACCCAAGCGGUGCCAAGGGCGAAGAAACCGAGGAGAACAUUCGGGUGUCCCCCAAACAAGAGACGAGUAGGGCGGAUGCUGAUGAAAAGGCCGCGGAGCAUAAGCCGAAGCUGAAAGCUGUUGACCCUGAGGUGCAAAAGGAGAAAUCUCCGGCGAGAAUUCCUGGCGAGUCCCACGUGACACCCAAAAAGAGCAAGAUCCCGGUCAGUGAUGCAAAGUUAGCCGAUGGCGUGCCAAAGCAGAAAAAGACUCUCCAGGAGCCGAACGACGUUAGUUCUCAACUUGGCCGUGUGUCCCCAGUGAAAGAGAAGGGGACAGUGAUUUCGAAACCGAAGGAAGAAAAUUCAGCCGAUCUAAAGCGGGAGAGAAGUCCUGUAGGUGCCAAGGACGAUGGUAAAGUGCAAGCAGGGAAACGUACUCCAGUUCUUGAAGAAAGCAAGGUUGUGAAAGAGGAGACGAAAGAAAAGGCUGUGGAUGAUGAAAGGAAGGUGAAAGACAAGGUCGUCAAGCCUGAGGGAAAACUGAAGGACACAGCGGUCAAGCCCGAAGACAAUGCGAAAAAUAAACUCGCUAAGCCCGAACAGAAGCCCAAGACCCAGGACACCAAGGUCAGACCGAGCCUGAAGAUGCCGGAGCGCAAGUCACCCGCUCGCUUCUCGGCGGACAGCGUGCCGUCAACGAUCCGCACCGCGCCCGCCGACGUGCGGCCGCGGGCCCUGCCGGCCGAGCCGGCGCCGGCGGCUGUCCGAGCUCGGCUGGACCGUGGCACCAGCGACGAGCAGCCGGCGGCGCCGGCGCGGCCCGAGGACCGCGCGCAGAGCCUGCCGCCGCGCCGCGCCGCCAGCAAGGAGUUCAUCAUCCCCAUCCGGCUGGCGGACGGCGAGACGACCAAGCCCACGGCCGCCGCCGGCGGCGCCGCCGCCGUCUCCGCCCCAGCGCCGGCGGCGGCGCCGGCCCCUGCGGCGCCGGCGGCGCGCCGUCCCUCCAGGCCGAUCGGGCCCACCUCGUCGCUGCGCUCGCUGCCCGAGCAGGACUCGUCCAGCGACGAGGAGGUGCGCGCGCCGUCGCCGCCACGCGAGCUCAUCCGCAAGUCGCCGCGCGAGUUCAUCAUCCCGAUCGCGCUGGAAGGCGGCGGUACGAUGACGCCGCCGGCGCGCGCGCAGUCGGUCGAGGCCGAGCGGGCCGACGGCGCCGGGCUGCUCCGCUCCCACCAGCUGUCCGGACAGCGUCGACUCGGAAGCCUGCUGGGAGACCGGGCCGCCAGGGAGGACGUCUGGGGCGCCCCCUGGGGCCUGCAGAGGCUCACUUCCAUGCGCUGCUUCGAUGACAGACCGCUGCCUGACCUGGUCGGCUGGCCCAUCGCCAGCAGCAGGCUGUCUCGGCCCAAGAUGGCGCCCUCGUCGGACAGCCUGAGCUCGGGCGGCGAAGACGACGACGAGGAUGACCAGUUCGAGAUCUUCACUGCCGAGUCGCUGUUCGGUUCUCUGAUGGAUCGCGUCAAGAACCUCAACAAGCGGAUGGACAUGGAGGACUCGCCCGCUAAGGUGAGAAAAUCGAGCCCGGUAGGUGAUGGCGAAGGAGCUUGGAUGGCUUGUGGAGAGCUGUAG